AUGAUAACGACGACCAACACGCACUUCAUACCUCCGUUCCCGGACAGUAUUAUCGUUAACGAGGGUCUCGGCGCCAAUGUAACAUUCGACAAUGAUAAGACAUACCGUUUUCGCAUCAUCAGCUUCGCGGCGUUUGGUUCGGCCAUGUUUAGCUUUGACACCAGCCACAUGCAAGUUGUCAUGAUUGAUGCCUCCUACGUCGAAAAAGCCAAAGCAACACAAUUGCGUAUCGCACCAUCCCAGCGUUAUGAUGUGCUCAUUUCCGUCCCGCGCCGCAGAAACUGCAAGGCAGUAGCCUCGGCCAAUUACCCGUUUCUGCUGUCUCUUGAUAUAAACCGCGACUAUACUAAUGAUCCCGCCCAGUCAGUCUGGCAACACAACUACACGGGUUACCUUGUGACAAAUCCUACUGGCGACUUCCCCGAGGAGGUUGUAACUUUGUGGCAGCCUGCUGAUGAUGCUACAUUUGUGCCGCUUGAUGGCGCAGUUGCCCUGGGCCCUGUCUCUCAAGAAAUCACGCUUGAUUUCGACUUCUGUAGAGAUGAAAACAACCUACCCCGCGCCUGCUUCAACAACAAUACCUACAUUGCGCAAAAGGUGCCCACACUCUACUCGGUGGCGACGACUGGGACAGACAACACCAAUCCGAUAGUCUAUGGCGAUGUUCUCCCCUAUAUUCUACCCUUGGGGACGAUCGCCACAAUCGUUGUCAACAACUUAGACGCUGCGAUUCACCCAUUUCAUUUGCACGGCCACCAGUUCCAAGUGCUAGCUCGGCCGGAAAGCGGUGCAGGCACAUGGGACGGCCAGGAGAGCAACUUAGCAGUCACACCGCCGCGGCGAGACACGAUUUCCGUUAAUGCCAACUCUUAUGCGGUUCUUCGCAUUCAAGUUACCCAUCCAGGCGUGUUUAUUUUUCACUGCCACAUUGAGUGGCAUGUCGAGAUGGGCCUGACGGCGACAUUUAUCCAGGCGCCGGAGUUGCUGCGUAACGUCACGUUCCCUGCGGACCACAUCGACAAUUGCAUUAAGCAGAACAUCCCGUACCAAGGCAAUGCCGCCGGGAACACUGCAGACGUGCUUGAUACAAGUGGUUUCAACACUGUGCCACCUGUACAAUACGAGGGGUAA